AGCCGUCCGUGGUGGGCCGUCCUGCCUCCAGCUGUGCGCACAGAGCCGGCAGCCUGAGCGGAGGCAGGAGAAUAAACAGCAGAGCAGCCAGUGCUCUGCUUCACUGCUGCUGGCCCCACCCACCACACUCACAGGGCUGCGUGUAACACAGUACAGCCCAGCUUACCUCCUCCUUCUCCUCAUGUUCCUGCCUCCCUCCACCACACUGUCCCAGCCCCGGCUCCUGCUCUUCACAGGAAGGAGCAGCAAUAGCCAGAUUAACGACCCAGAUGCUGAAAUAUGGAUAGUGAUCUAUUUGAUUCCAGCCAUCCUAAUUCUUCUGCUUAGUAUAAAACCAGACAUAACGGGUCACAUCAUUUGGAAAACAUUGUCAGAUCUCCAUUCUAUGGUCUGUUUGAUUGGAGCUUCUUAUCUGUUCAGUUCACUGUUUAUCUACAGCAAGAAUAACUUUUUGCAUGAAGAAGAAGGCAGGGAGCUAUCUGGACUAGUGAUCAUUGCAUUGUGGAUAUUUCUUUGUCGGAAUUCUGGAAAGGGAACAGUUGGUGGAUUCAGACUGUUUGUGGCUGUUUCCAUAUCAAUUUUCCCAUUUGUAACAUGGCUUUACAUCUACAUCAACAAGGAAAUGAGAACAUCGUGGCCGCAACACUGCAAAACAGUUAUCUGAGCUCAUAGUAACAUCUGAGGAUACCUGCUCCUUCCAAUGGAAAGGAGUUUCGGAGUUGUGAAGAGGAAUCGGAUAUGAUGCAAACAAGUUUUCACUGCUACAUAAGGAGUGGGCAUAUGGAUCACGGGAAGAGCUGAUCAUCAGUUCAACUGUCCUUACAUUGGAGCAUUGUUGAUUUGCUCCAGUGUUUUAAUAACCACUGCUGCUACUCACAGCAAGUUGGAUGUUGGCAUUCCUACAGAAAAACAUUGUAAAUGUGAUCCGUGCGUGUGUACCAACUUGGCACAUCACUGGAAUAGUUACUUAAAAUGUAAACAGCCUUGAAUUACGAACAACUUGUUGCUUCAUUUGCUUUUUUUUUUGCUUUUUACUGAUGUGUCCGUUUUAUAGUGUAAAAUCAGUGUAUACAAACUCAAGUACAAUCACUGAAAGUGUAUUUGUAUUUAUGAGCCUGAUAAAUUCAAAGACUAAUGCGGGCCAUACGUCUAUGUCAUACUUGCCUACCUGACCCUCUCCCUGAGCGAGAAAAUGCUCUGUUCCUGGCCUUUCCUGGUAAUGUAUGAUUGCCAUCACCUGUGGUGAGCUAG